CAAAAGUCUAUUUGUUUGACAUUCAAAAUCCGAAUGAGUUCUCUGAAGGUGCCGUUCCUGUGGUCAGGGAGAUGGGCCCCUAUGUCUAUAAAGAGUAUAAAACUAGAGAAAUCAUCGAAUGGUCUGAGGAUAAGGAUAAAGUAAAAUACUACGAGACACUGAAGUUUGUAUUUGACCCUGAACUUAGUAAAGGCAGACUCGAUGAUAAAAUUACUCUGGUCAAUGUUCCGCUGCUAUUGAUAUUCUCGAUCAUAAACUCAGCGGUCGAGAGGUUCCCAUUGACACCAAUAGUGUCCCCUAUAGUGAACAAUGUGGUCAAUACACUACUGGUCACACAUAGGGAGCGGUUUAUCGAAACCCGUACUGUCGGCGAAGUACUGAACGGUCGCCGCAUAACACUAUUGGACACCAUUGAUAUAGUGGCCAAACCGUUGCGUAUGUUAGGCCUACCCAUCCCUGAAUACGGUAUCUCUGCUUAUAAACUGAAGGAUAAUAAGUACGGAUUUUUGGCCAUAAGAAACAAUAGUAAGUUUGGACCCUUUGAGACAAUGACUGGUGAGAGGGGUAGAGACAAGUUUGACAAAUACUCCACUUAUUUAGACAAAAGUCGCUUAGGUAUAUACCGACACGUGUCAUGCGAUGCCCUCAACGGCACCGACGGCUCAUUUUUCGGCACAUUUGUGGACAGCUCUCAACCCCUCUAUCUAUUCAAUCUGCAUGCAUGCCGUUCCUUUCGACUCGACUACGCCGGCGAUUCAUCGGCCAAUGGUGUGUCGGCCUAUCACUACGAAUUCCCGGACAACCUAUUCGACGGCCCGGAGUAUAAACCGGAGAACUGGUGCUUCUGUCCCAAGGAUGUGGAUCAGCGUAAAUGUCACGGCGUGUUCGACCUCUCCCAGUGUCUGGCAGGCGUUCCCUUUGCCAUGACUUUCCCGCAUUUCCUCAAUUCGCCGCGUUUUCUACCGGGUGUCCGGGGACUCAGUCCCGACCGGCAAAAGCAUCUGGGAUAUUUCGAUAUCGAGCCCACAUUAGGGGUAACACUUAGAGGUAGCGGACGUUUCCAGAUUAAUCUCAAACUCAGGCCAUUUACAUUUGUGCCCGGACUCAAUGGAUUCAAGUCAACACUUUUGCCAUAUUUAUGGAUCGAUGAGGGUGCGGAAUUGAGCGGAUUUUUGGGUUCAUUGAUAAAAGCCGGGUCCUAUUCCAUAAACGCGGCCGGGUAUGGCUUUAUACUGACGGUGCUGUUGGGAGUGGGCGUCUCUAUGAUCGGCUCAUACUUGAAGUUCAAAGGACGCGGAAAACCAAAAAGUCCAGUUAAUCCUUAUGAAAGGCAAACCAAACCAAACAAUCAUAACAACAAUAAUAGUUUACAACAGUUACGAGUGAAUGGACUGCCGAACCUACCACCGAAUAUACCGCCGAUUGGACAGGAGUUCCCCAAAAACAACAGCCCUUAUCCACAACAAUCCCAAACCCAAACCCAGACCCAAACACAAACCCAAACUCAAACCGAAACUCAAGCUGAACUUCAAGCUAAACUUCAAACCUAUUCCCAGCCUCAACGCAAAUCGCAAUCUCAAACCCAGACUCAAAACCAAAACCAAACCCAAACCCCACCCCAACCUCUACCACGAAAGCAAAUGAAUGAGUUUGAUGUGGAGGCGGGCAUGCGGUCAAUGGCCGGACAGGUGUUUGAGGAGAGAUUAAGAGAUAGAGGGGCUGAGGGGGCGGCCGAACAUAUAUACCCCGAUUUGGUGCAAAUUAAUCGCGAAAUCCAUACUUUUGUUAAGAAACUCGACAUCGACUCCAAUGACAUCGGAUUUAUGACCAACGAACCAAUCACUAGUAACAGGAUUUAUCAGCGAAAAGAGUCGGUCGAUAGUCAGCAAAGCAAUCGGUCAGUCAUAGGGGAACGACAUUCGGGACACUCCACCAAAAGUGACAUACAGUUACCCCCUGUAGAGGACGGGGAGACCCAUACGACAGUCAUUAUUCAGCGCAAACCAUACGGCAAUGAAGUCAUCAAAUAAGUCCUAAAC